GUCUGUUUCUCUCUGUCUGAUGAUCAUGAUGCUCACGAUAAACCAAGCGGCACUGCUCUUCGUUCAGCUGUUAGUGGUGUGGCAUGUCUUUGCAGCUAUAGAGAUCGCUAAAGACGACCACAGAGCUGUGCUGGUGUCCAGAGGAGACUCAGUGACACUGACUUGCAACAUAUCCAAGACAAAUGCAACAUCGAUCAUCUGGACCAGCAACAGAUCUGUUUUUCAAUAUUCCAUUGAGCUGAAUCGCACCCAUUCAAAUUUCUCAUUUCAUAGACUGAAAAUAAAUCAUGAGUUUCCUACAAAGCUAAUUAUUUUUAGUGCUCAGCCUGAAGAUGAAGGACUUUAUACAUGUAGCAUAACAGACAGACAUGGCAUAAACAGCAUUACAUGGAGUUUAACUGUGUCUGAGAACCCAGAAGAAACCACUUCAUCAAAGUAUUUUCUACACAUACUCCCACCUGCAAUUGGAUUCCUUCUGUGUUGCAUCACACUGGCUGUCUUACUCUACAGAUGCUGCACCAGGACCCUGAAACAUGGCUUGCAUGAGAUCAGGAUCUUGAGUUUUGUCCAGUAUCAUGUUCAGCUGGAAGGAAAGGUGGUCCCUCCACAACCUCAAAGAUUUGCAGUGUACAGGACAGGAAGCACUUUGAGACACUCAGUCCAAUCUUUGGCUUAUAGUGUGCUGACAAGAAGAAAGUCCAGAUAAAGAAGAUGAAAAGGAAACAAAGUAUAGACUGUUUAAUUCAUUGUCAGUGCUUGUAAGAAUAAUUCAACCACAAAGCUCAAACACCAUUUUUCAUUGUGUCUGCCUGGAUUUAUAGAAUCAAUUUACAAAAAUGACAAAUGAUUGCUUUUAUGUUGAUCAUGCAGUUUAGUUUUAUUUUUAUUACCAGGUUUUGAAAUGUCUGGAGGCUUCACCAAUUAAGAAAAAACUAAAGGAAAUGUAAAUAAAUUUACAUUACACUUAAAAAUGAAAAUUGUCACAUUUCUAUUAUGGUUUUAAAGCAUUUUAUAAAAAAUGAAAAUUCCAAGUACACAACAAUGUUAACAAAUAACAUUCAUGGAGAUUCAUAAAACCAAGCUGGACCUCUUGAAUUUAAUUAUGUUAAAUAACAAAAUCACUAUAUUAGCGGACACAGGUUUUAUGUUCGUACCAGACCAAGAAUGCAGCUGCAAAAUCUUUCAUUGCAUUCAGCUCUGCUAGUCCACAUGGUAAACUGUGAUGGAGCAAAAUACUGAAACUGCAUCCAUCAACAGAGAGUUAGAAAAAAAAGAAAAAGCAUGGAUAAAAUGUGUCUGGAUGUAGAUUGACGUGUAAAAAUAUUUCCCAGAAAAAUUUAAUUAUUCACCUUUUUUUCAUUUCAUAUGAAGAUAAUGUUUUUUCUUUCAGGUAUAUUCAAAGGUUGGAGAAGACCUGAAUUAUCGAGUUUCAGCUGAAAUAGUCUUUUUUGGUAAAGGAAAAAAAAAUGCAGUUUUUUUUGUUCAGUACUUAUGUAAGAACUGCAAACUUCUAACUUUACAGGCUUGAAUUAGCUCUAUGUUGGCCUAUUUUUCUAUGCCACUACAGGUGAAAAUAGGAAAUGAGAGCUGUGAGGUAUUUAAAGGUUGUCAGAGUCAAACAGGCAUGUUUCCAUUCCGUGACAAGAAAAGUACCUGUGGUUUCUGGGUCCACUGUGCGUAGGCUCAUGAUGCUUAAACAUACACGUUUUUGGAAAAAAAAACAAAAAACAAAACAAAACUUGGAUCAUUGCUUUUGUAUAGAUUUUACUUGGACAAUCUACUGAGAUGCACUCCCCAAAUAGACUGUAUCCACUGUUGUUAA